AUGAUUUUACGAAAAGCAUCUGAAAUCGGUCCAGGACGUUCCAUUACUUUUUCACCACUUGAUAUACCAAUCAAUAUGAAACUCGUCGAAUCUUUCGAACCAUCAAAUUCAAAUGCCAUCAAUAUUGUUCUUGAUUCAGAAAAAAAGAAACGAACUGAUCGAAAACAUAUGUCCUUUUUUUUUUGUUCCAAUGAUUCAUGUAGUGAAAGUUUUCAAUCUGAAGAUGAUCUUAUUACUCAUGAAUCUAUCGGCCAACAUACAACGAAAGAUAAUCAUUUCAGUGCCAAUGACGCAGCAAAAAUUUUGCUUUUUGACAAAAUGCGUGCUAGUAAUCCUGCUAUUCAUAGUGUCAUUAAUACAACUACAACAUCCAACUCACCUAUUCAUCUACCAAAAAAUUUUUCACUUUUCGAAAACACAGGAUGGGCUUCAAGAACUCAUAAGCCGUCACAUCGUAUUGAUAAAGCCGUGAAAGAAUAUAUUCAAAAAAUUUAUGAAGAAGAAAAAGUUAAUGGACAAAAGCUUGAUCCUGAAGAAUACGUACGCCGUAUUCGAUCGGCACGCAAUCUUGAUGAAACAAAAUUGUUUACACCGUCGCAAUAUUUGACAGUUUCGCAGGUUCGCACUCACAUUCGGCAAUUAGCGAAUAAAAAAAGUUCUAGUAAUCGUUUUGAUGCAAUGUCAAUUGGUUCAGCUACCGAUAUUCGACCACAACAAGUCGAACAGAUAUCUACAAUUUCUGUAAGUAUUUUAACUAAUCGCAUAACAAUUCAUACAACAAUGGUUGCCUAUAUUCUACAGUCUUCUUCGACAAGAUCCUCUCAUUCAAAGCAAAUUACACAAGUAACAUCAAAGAUACAUUUCGAAUUAGAUGGUAAAUAA